GCAAAGUUAAUUCAUAGAGUUAGCAACGGGCCAGCAACAGAGUGGAAUUCGUCGUCUUAGCAUCAGUUUUCGGAGCUCGCGAGAAAUUUGAAUGUGAAAUCGAACGACCAAAAUAAAUACACCGGUUUGCUUAAAAACAAGUGGAAUCGAGGAUAACAUGUCGAUCACGCUCAAAAGCGUUUGCAUAAGCGAUCCUGUGGAAAUGCGUUGCGGAGAGCUGCUUGCUCGCCACGACAUUCCAGUCGCCAUCAAAUACAAGAUGUCGAAGCAAGAGCUGAUAAAAGAACUUCAGAAUCACGAAGGGCUGAUCGUGCGAUCGGAAACGAAGGUGACCAACGAGGUGAUUUCCCGAUGUCCAAAGAUCCGUGUCAUCGGCCGAGCAGGUACUGGCGUCGACAACAUCGAUCUUCAGGCUGCCACGAGAAAGGGAGUCAUCGUGUUGAAUACUCCCGGUGCGAACAGCAUCAGCGCCUGCGAGCUGACGUGCACGUUGAUCUGCAGUUUGGCGCGAAACGUUCCUCAGGCAGUUCAGUCGCUGAAGGAAGGACGAUGGGACAGAGCACUGUACAUGGGUUUCGAGUUAUCGGGGAAAACACUGGCAAUAAUCGGAAUGGGACGCAUAGGUCGCGAAGUGGCUCGAAGGAUGCAGGCGUUUGGAAUGAAAGUGGUCGCCUUCGAUCCGUUGCUCACGCAGCAGGCCGCCGAGCAGAUUGGCGUUGCGAAACUCUCUCUGGACGAAAUAUGGUCAAUAGCCGACUACAUCACCGUGCACACGCCGCUUACUCCUGAGACGAAAAAUCUGAUCAACGCCAAGACGUUAGAGAAUUGUAAGCAGGGAGUGUACAUCAUAAACGUAGCCCGCGGUGGUAUCGUGAACGAGGAGGCAUUGCUGAAUGCGUUGGAGUCGGGUCGUUGCGCUGGCGCAGCUUUGGACGUGUUCAACGAAGAGCCACCGAAACACCCAAUCACUUUGGAGUUGAUUGCACAUCCCAAAGUCAUCGCUACUCCUCAUUUGGGAGCAAGCACCGAGGAAGCUCAGCAGCGGGUGGCCGAAGAGAUGGCCCAACAAUUUAUAGCGAUAUCCGGCAAAUCGACGAAAUACGCAGUUACUGGAAUCGUAAACGCACCGGUGUUACAAGCUGCAAUGUCAGGUGAAAAUGCAUCGUGGAUCGAACUGUCGAAGAAGCUGGGCGAAUUGAUUGGUCGAUUCUUAAAAGAAAAGCUGGACGUAACUGUACACAGUCAAAUAGUCGGCGGUGCCAGCAUGCGAGAAAAAUCGUUCGUUCACACGGCCGUUCUCGUUGGAAUUUUAUCAGGGCAAACAAAGAACGGUUUGAACAUGAUAAAUGCACAUAUACUGGCUAAGGAGAGAGGCAUCAAAAUGGAAGAAAGCUACGAGGAAUCAGCCGAUGUCGAAGCGAUCGUUGUCCAGACUGAUGAAGAUCACUUGAUCAAAGGAACCAUCCGUGACAACAAGUCGCUGUUACUUUCGCUUAAUGAUGCACACUUCACCAAUGGAAUUGCUCUAACGGACCACGUCUCCUUCUAUCAAACGAACAACGUCCAAGAUCUAGCACAAAUCGUGAGCGCCUUCUCUACGAAAGGCAUCAACAUUUGCAACGUGAGUGUCAAUGGAAGCUGGACGGUGAUUCAAACCGACAAAGAAGCUUCCGUGUGUGUUAACGGCAUCGAAUCCUUCUAAAAUUCAUCGUCGUUCAAAAUUAACAAUUACAAGAAAAAAAUCGCAGUAUUUCGAAACCUAGUACAACUUAAUUUCACACAAGUCGGUAACACGUCGUUCGACUCUAUUAUUUGUUGCUCGAAUAAAAAAAUUAUCGGAAGAAAGAAUAGACUGGAUUGUUUUCAUUAUAAAUCUCAUAUACGUAUACAUGUAUUGAAAACUAAAAAUAUACAAAAAGAUAUAUAUAUAUGUGUGUGUGUAUGUAGGUUGAGUGUGCAUACGUGCACGUGUGUAUAUUACGUUACAUGUAUACGCACUAGUAUUUUUUAUAUUGUAAUUGUUUAUUAAUAAAAUAUUAUCACAAAAUAA